GAUUGGUUCGCUCUAACUACAAUCGAAUUCGUUUCUGGCUCUGAAAAAGUCGCAAGUCGACGUUUUCGUUUUAGAGAGAGAAUCAGAGUUUUGCGGUUUAAGAAGAGAGAGAGACACAGAGAGAAAGCGAGAGGAAUAGACAGAGGGAGAACCCGAGAGAGAGAGAGAGGCUAACAUGAUAACGCGAUCGAAUCUGGCCGAACAGUUACGCGAGUAUCAGAUUCGAUCCAAGCAUGACUGGGCCUCUGUCUCGUUCUUCUCCUCCACUUCUUCAAACAUCACCACUUCCAGGGUGGAUGUGGUGGUUUUUGUAAUAUGGGAACUUAUUAUUUUAGCCUUCUUGGUGUUUUCGGUAGUCUCUCUGUACUUCAAGCACAUCCAACUUGCUUUUAUUUUAGUCUGCAUCACAAUCCUAUUGCUUUUAUGCAUGAAAAUUACAAAGCAAGUAAGACUCGCAAGGAAAAAGAAACGAAGGAUGCUUCUUCCAUUGUCAAUGUAAAACGGCAUCAAGUAUUGACCUUUGUCAUAUUCCUAUUCUCGUACAUCCUUACCGGUAAGGUCUUGGCCAUUAUUGACCAUUUCUAUUGGUCCCGCAUCUCAUUCAUCACUGGAUUGUGUAUCAUCUGAUUCCACCUAUAGCAAAUUGACUAAAGUAUAUAGUUGAUGUUUUCACAUCAACACAAUCUUAUCCAAUUGGUUGAUCUAGAUCAAUGUUGGAGUCAGUGUGGCUGAGUAAUGCUAGGAUCUUGCUGAAAUAUAUAUAUUUGGCAUAUCUUUUUGCUGUUUGUUUCUGUAUACAUAGUGCAACUGCUGCAAGUUACUAUUGAGUUUUUGACCCCUUGACGUUGAAAGUUCAAAUACCAUCAGAUGAGUUAUUGUAUAAUGUCGACAUAUGUGCUAGAUGUUAGAAUUGAUGCAGCAAUAUUUCACAACCAAGAGGGGGGGUGAAUUGGUUUUAACAAA